CACACACACACACACCCAACCAUGUACAAGUUCCUGCUCAUUGCUGCCCUUUUGCCAGCUGUCGUCUUCGGACAGACCCCGUUCCGGCCAUGUUCCAACGGUGCCCCGACACCGGCAUCGCUCAUCGUUGAGGGAUGUACGUCGCUUCCGUGCACAAUCACUUCUGGUGCACCGUUGGUUGCACGUGGUGUUGGUAUCGUGUCCCCGGUCAGUACCCCAACCCUUGAGGCUCAUCUGACCGCUCGUCUGCUCGGACUGGAUGUUGGAUUCGAGAUCCCGGAAGACCUGCGUGAUGCGUGCGCCGUUGGCAUCUCGGGUGCUACGUGCCCGAUUUCGGCUGGCCAGACGUUCGAUUACGAGCUGAACUACUCCAUGGAGCUGCCGCUGGUUGGCAUUACCGUACAGGUUGAGGUCGGUCUGACUGCUGCCGACGGUACCGAUGUGACUUGCAUCGAAAUUGAUGCUGCCAUCGUCGGUUAAACUAUUAAAAAUCACAAAUCCAACUUUCCCCUUUCAAUAAACCAUUU